AUGUCUGACGAAGAAGUGGAACAGGUGGAGGAGGAGCAGUACGAGGAGGAAGAAGAGGCCCAGGAGGAAGAGGAAGUCCAGGAAGAGGAGAAGCCAAGACCCAAACUCACUGCUCCCAAGAUCCCGGAAGGGGAGAAAGUCGACUUCGAUGACAUCCAAAAGAAACGGCAGAACAAGGACCUGAUGGAGCUCCAAGCGCUCAUCGACAGCCACUUCGAGGCGCGCAAGAAGGAGGAAGAGGAGCUCAUCGCCCUCAAGGACCGGAUCGAGAAGCGCCGAGCCGAGCGUGCCGAGCAGCAGCGCAUUCGGGCCGAGAAGGAGCGGGAGCGGCAGAACCGGCUGGCGGAGGAGAAAGCCAGGCGAGAGGAGGAGGACGCCAAGCGCAGGGCUGAGGAUGACAUGAAGAAGAAGAAGGCCCUGUCCUCCAUGGGCGCCAACUACAGCAGCUACCUGGCCAAGGCUGACCAGAAGAGGGGCAAAAAGCAGACAGCCCGGGAGAUGAAGAAGAAGAUCCUGGCCGAGAGGCGGAAGCCACUCAACAUCGACCACCUGAGUGAUGACAAGCUAAGGGAUAAGGCCAAGGAGCUGUGGGACACGCUGUACCAGCUGGAGUUGGACAAGUACGAGUUCGGGGAGAAGCUGAAGAGGCAGAAAUACGACAUCACCAACCUCAGAAGUCGCAUUGACCAGGCCCAGAAACACAGCAAGAAGGCCGGAGCCACAGCCAAGGGCAAAGUCGGUGGGCGCUGGAAGUGA